UUCAUUUGGAUCUCUAAUGUCGUGCCUGGUGUGUCACCAACAGGAUGUGGUUUGAGCCUGAUUGUACCGUACUAUCUUGUAAAGUGAUGUUUCGAUGAUUUGACCUCUGAAGUCCAAAGAUUGUGGAUGCAAACUAGUCUUGGCUGCAUUGGUUUUUUACAUUCUUCAAGACCAAAAAGAAAAGAAAAGAAGGAAAUUCCUGUGUGCAAACUUCUUCAGUUCCAUCCACGAGUUGCUCUGUUGAUGAUUUCUGUUAUGUGGCUUUCUAAUGAUGUUAGACCCCAUCAGUUGCCGUGUCAACAAAAUGUAGAUAUCACUUCUUAUCUGCUUAGCAACUAAGGAAUUGUUGAGACUGCAUCUGGGGCCUGACGCUAUUCAGAAUAUUCUUUCAGCCAUCAUGUCCUUAAUCACUUGACACACAGUCCCAAUGAUUUUCUCUUCACAAUUUGUCGGUGUAUUUCUGUGAUAGCAACAGUAGGAGCCAAACUUAAACAAUUCCAGUGGUCCCAGGAGACCCAGUGGUUACAGAUAGCCACAAGUCCAGCUAGCCCAAAUAACAUCCACUAUCUGGUGUACCGUGUUCUUCUCUAUGCUCCAGAAGAUCAGAAUUGGUGGGCUUGUAUGCAGCACCAAGCAGGAACUCAAGAAGGAUGCCUGGCAGCAUCCAAAUCUCAGCCACUCAACCACCAGCCACCACUCCGUUGUUCUUGCAAGUUGCUGUGGGCAAAAGAGAAUACAGUGGAAACGUAGAACAAGAUGAUUUAUCUUUCCCAGUUACAUCACUUCGAGAGAGCAUGGUAAUAAUGCUGUACAAUGCAGACAGGGAAUUGAUAUCAAAAGCAGAGCUGAAGACUAAAGAGAUUGUUGAGUCAGGAACUAUGGAUGUAGUAUUUACUCUUGAUAGUGGAGGAAAAGUCAUUCUUCAGUUGCAGUUCUUACUCAAUGAUGAUGACCGCAAGCGGAUCCAAGAAAUGAGAAACUCUGCAAUGAAAAGAAAACAGCAAGAGCUGCUUGGGGAUGGCUAUGAACUCAAUUUUCCAGACAGCCCAUUGUCUAAACAGCUUAUAGAGAAGAUCUCCAACAUUCAAAACAAAGGAGAUCAACCUAAGCUUCGGAAGAGUAUGUCGCUGGAUGAUUUGCAAGAGAGAGCGGUCUACUCUGGAAUAAGUGUGGAUCCACGCAUGAAGGCCUCAAGAGACUUGUUACUGCAAAGUGGUGGUAGAAACACUUCAAGGUUUGAAGAUCCCAAUGGCUCCAAGAAAGGGCACGGUAAACCCGAGAGUAGAUCAAGCAGUUCAGUGAAGAAGAUGAUAAGCUCCUUCGAAGGCACCUCUUCUCAGGGUAAUUUGAGCUCAGAGACUGGUGCAUCAUCACUGACCGCUUCAGGCCUUACAGAGGCAGGCAAAGCAAUCGUCCCUUUUGAUGAUAAAGGAUCAAAUUACAGGUCAGGAAAGCAUGUUUUGUUGCACCAUAAAAAACAAAAUGCACCUGGACAAACUGGGGUGGCAAAUGCAUAUGAAAGCAGGAGCCGUAGGUCCAGUAGCCGUGGUGGUGCAAGCAAGCAGAACAUGAGAGAAAAUGACUUGAGCCGAAGCAAGAGGAGAUCAUCCCAAGCAAAGCAUCGCCGCUCCAUCGGUCCCUAUUCCCUUGCGCAGUUGCAUUCGAUGGGUCCCUCCAGAACCAGAAGCUAUCUUGAGUGUCCGUUGAACUAUUUGGUUGCAAGCUCAAGCACCUGGAUACACCCACAUGUUUGUGUAACUACUGCAAGCAGGCAGCUGAAGGACCUCCUUGAGCUUGAGCAUUUGAAGUCACUAGAGCAUGUCGAUAAGAGUCCGAGUGUCGGGGAAGACAUCGGAGAGCAGAGCACAAGCGACGAUGGAUCGACUGCCUCUGCUCAAAGUGGUGGUGGUUUCCUCGUGCUGAAUGGGUGGUUGAUAAAUCAGGGAGUGCGUGCUGCGAUCGUGAUAAUAGCUUGCGGGGUUAUGUUCCUGAACAACAGGUGAAGAUCCGCGGCAGUGUCAGUGUUAUUGGUUUUUUGCUGUACAACCUGCUGUAGUGUAGUUGCUGGUGGAACGUCUGAUCUACUUACUGCUGACUUGUGUGCUUGAUAUAUAUAGUAUGUAUAAUAUAUCUGGUGCUCCUGCUCUUUGAUGUUUGUUAC